GGGGGAAGCAACACCUACAGCUACAACCCAGAAUAUAAAGCACAGACCAAAACAACAAAACAAGACACCCAUCACUAUCUCCCCCUUUCUCUCCUCUUCCCCCCCUUCUAAAUGCAUGCAUUUUGUUCACAAAUCUUCCAUUUUUAACACAAAUUACUUCAAAUCCCAACUGGGUUUUCACUUUCACCCCAAAUGUAUUCUGGGAUUCACUCCAUUAUGCCCCUUGAAGACUUCCCCCGCCCCAAUUUGGUCGGAGAUCCAUGUUUGGUCCUGACAACGGAUCCGAAGCCCCGGCUCCGGUGGACUGCGGAGCUCCAUGAGAGAUUUGUGGAUGCUGUUACUCAGCUUGGUGGACCUGAUAAAGCGACACCAAAAAUGAUCAUGAGAACAAUGGGGGUAAAGGGCCUCACUCUCUAUCAUCUCAAAUCACAUCUGCAGAAAUACCGAAUGGGGAAACAAUCAUGCAAAGAGUUUUCCGAUAACUCUAAAGAAGUAUCUUGCAUUGCUGAGAGCCAGGACAUGGGUUCAUCGACGUCAUCUUCUACAAGAAUGAUGCCACAAGACUUAAAUGAUGGCUUUGAGGUUACGGAAGCUUUGAGAGUGCAGAUGGAAAUCCAAAGAAGAUUGCACGAGCAGCUAGAGGUUCAACAACGUCUCCAGCUUAGGAUCGAAGCACAAGGAAAAUAUCUUCAAUCGAUCUUGGAAAAAGCGUGUAAAGCGUUAAACGAUCAAGCAAUUGCAACUGCUGGGCUAGAGGCAGCUAGGGAAGAGUUGUCGGAUCUCGCAAUCAAGGUUACCAAUGACUGUCUUCCACCUGUCAACCAAACCCCUUCACUGACUCAAGCUGGGGCCCACGAGCAUGGGCCCGCACGACUUGGGGACUGCUCCGUUGACAGCUGCUUGAGUUCUCAGGCUGCCGCUCUGAACAAGAGGCAAAGGGCCAUGUUUAUGCAAGCAGAGUGGAAGGCGGCUAAUUUAGGAUAAGUUGUUAGAACAUUUUCUUGUUUUUAUGUUGACUUUUUCUUGAAUUUCUGGUGACUUUAGGGGGAAUUAGAUGGAUGAUAUGAAGUAGGGGUUUUAUUUAA